AACUGCUAUGCAUUUGAAGGCUAAAGUUUAAUAGAUUAGAGUGGGGCGGAGUCGGCAAGUGGCACAGGUGCUGCCACAGAUAUUUCAAAUAUGCGUUGUUUUAGGCUUCGUCACAGUUUAUCGCUGAAGAUGCUUCUAGCAUUAUUUUUCGUGUUGGGUUUGUUUGCAAUUGCUGUUGUGACAUCUGUGGGAGCAGCUGUCUAUUGUGAGCAUCUAAAGGCUGUGUGGAAGGAAGCAAACGAGACCGUAACAUAUCCAGGAUGCCAAGAAUAUGAUAGGUGGGUUGCACAGCUACCAGAGAGUGGCUGGCCCAGCAAUGGUUUUGUGACAAUGCAAGCAAUGAUGGCAGGGGUAUGGCUCUCGUUUGUGUUUUGGCUUUGUGUUUGUUGUGACCAUCGUUCAGUAUCUACAACGUCAACAACUUGCCAGAUCAAGCCAGUUUACAAAGCUGAAAGACUCUGCACAUGCGGUCACAUCGUACAGCUCAAACGAUCUAAUCUGACUGUAGGUGUUUAGUUGUAGUAGUGCAAGAUACAAAUUAUAUAAUCUAGAGAUAUUAAUGGAUAGAUAUCAAUUAACUGCA